AUGGUAUUCGAAGAAAAUCAAUCGACUGGAAACGGAAAUGGCAACAAAAUGAAUGUGCGGAUACAGAAUUUGGAGGGACUUUUGAGCUCGAUUGCCGGUGAUGGGACGACAGCUAAGGCAAACUGCUUACGGCAAGUGAUUCGACGAAAUAAAGCUGACAUGGCGGAAGAUGCGUCUCGAUCGCUUGACUUAAUGCGAAGGAUCUUUCAACCGCAAAUCAACGACGAAUUUCGACAAGUGAUUGAUCGUCAUUUGCGAACCACUUUCAGUCCAGCAAUCGAGAAUUUACGACGAAAUGGACAUGCGGUAGCUGAAGAGGAUUUGAAUGAGUUGGCAAGGGGAAUGCUUGAGGCGGCCAAAGAAUCUUUCACUCCAAUUCAUCAUCAAGCCAUUCCACAUAACAUCAAUGAGCCGCGAUUCCCUGGAUAUGAAUCCGAUGACUCGGACAUCUCGGCGGUGUCGCACGGAUCGCGUGAGCAUAAGCGCCGUCGAGGCAGGCCAAGAAAGGAGGACGAGCUGCUUUUCUCGGAUGCUCAACCGGUAACACCUUCUGACUUGCACAAAUGGAACCCCGAACGCCUUUCAUCACAGCAACGAUUCAUUUACGCGGCAAAACUUGCUGCUAAUCUCAAUAUACCCGUCGCAAUACUGUUCAAUCGAUUUCCAAAGAUGUUUCGAUACGUUUGUGAUGAUGAGGACAAAACGCAUCUGUUUGAGGAGCGUCUUUUGAGUAAACUCGCUGGUAAAGUGGUACUCGUCCUAAUGGAGGAUGCUGUCGAGAUUCAAGGCUCAAUAGGCGAUCUGUCACAAUAUGCCUUUCAUUGCCCGGAAUCAAUUCUCCGACGAAUGAGAGUGAAAGCUUCAAAAACUUCUGAACAAUUAAGAUUUCGAACUGGACUUGGAGCUCUCCGGCCCACUGCGCAUGCCCGACACAGUUUCUCGGUGGAUCCGGCCGAUUUACAUCACGUGGCGCACAUGCCCCGGAAUGAAACAUCAGAUGGAAUAGGAGAAGAAUGCGAGUUGCGCGUGAGCGGCAGCUGUAUGCGCAAUGGGAACCAUCAAUCGUCGGCGGUGACAAUGACCACAUUCUCGUCAGCUUCAGCGGCCACUGAUGAGCGAACCCGGCUCGUCAAGGGAGAGCCUCGAGAGCAAUGGACGAGCAAGCUCGACUUUUUGAUGUCUGUGGUGGGAUUUGCGGUCGAUUUGGGCAAUAUCUGGCGUUUUCCGUACCUUUGCUUCAAAAAUGGCGGAGGAGUUUUCCUGAUCCCUUACACGAUCAUUGUGCUCGUCACCGGUGUCCCGUUAUUCUAUAUGGAGUUGGCGCUCGGACAGUAUUAUCGAAAAGGCGCCAUUACCACUUGGGGACGAAUUUGUCCACUAUUCAAAGGCAUCGGGUACUGUGUGAUCAUGAUCGCUUUCUAUACAGAUUUCUUCUAUAAUGUGGUUAUCGCCUGGGGUUUUCAUUACUUGUACACCUCGUUUCAAACGAAUCUGCCUUGGGCAAGCUGCAACAAUUCGUACAACAGUAAAGCCUGCUAUGAGCCACACUAUGGCGCGCUUUACUCGAGUUCGGACAGUUGCCUUCCAGAAGAUCAAGGCACAACGACGAAAAUCUCAGCAGCUGAGGAAUACUUUUACAAGGGUUUUCUGGGACUUCAUCAAAGCGGUGCCGCCAAUUCGCACGUGAUUCGAUCACCAUCCGAAUAUGGAGAUCUUAAUUGGCACAUUUUCGUCUCGCUUUUCGUUGUUUACAUCAUUUGCUAUUUUUCGCUAUGGAAAGGGAUUGGAAUGAGUGGAAAAGUUGUCUGGUUCACGGCUUUGUUCCCAUAUGUGGUGUUGGGUGUGCUUUUCGUGAGAGGGAUCACGCUUCCCGGCGCUCGCAAAGGAAUCGAGUUCUAUUUGAAGCCGAAUAUCGAAAAACUGAAAGAUCCAAAUGUAUGGCAAGACGCGGCGACACAAGUCUUUUUCUCACUGGGUCCUGGCUUUGGAGUGUUAAUGGCCUAUUCUUCGUACAAUAAAUUCAACAACAAUGUCUAUUUCGAUGCUCUCGUGACAAGUGCGAUCAAUUGUUGCACAAGUUUCCUUUCUGGUUUCGUGAUUUUCUCGGUUCUUGGCUAUAUGUCCUGCACAUCGGGCAAAUCAAUUGAUAAAGUAGCACAAGAAGGACCAGGCUUGGUGUUUGUCGUUUAUCCUGAAGCGUUGGCCACAAUGCCAUGGGCGCCCGGUUGGUCGGUACUCUUUUUCCUCAUGUUGAUCACUUUGGGAUUGGAUAGUUCAUUUGGCGGCACAGAGGCUAUCAUUACGGCGUUGAGCGACGAGUUUUUGUGGAUUAAAAGACAUCGCGAGAUUUUCAUUGUUUUACUUUUCGGUUUCUACAUGCUAAUCGGAUAUUUCAUCUGUACUCAGGGUGGAAUCUUGAUCAUGGAAUGGUUGAUCGUUUAUGGGACAACAUGGGGUCUUCUCAUUGCCGUCUUUUGCGAGGCGGUCGUUGUCUCAUACUUCUACGGGAUCAAUCAAUUUGUUAUGGAUCUCAAGGAGAUGCUCGGCUUCCCUCCUGGCCUCUACUGGAAGAUUUGCUGGGCAUUUGGAGCUCCACUGUUUUUAUUUUUGAUGAUCUUCUCUUCAUUCUGGAACUAUAUGCCGCUCGUCUAUCAAGACUACCAAUUCUCAACCACGGCCAACGUGCUCGGAAUCUUUUUUGGUCUUUCAGCAGCUGCUGCUAUCCCAAUUGUGGCGAUCUUUAAGUGUUGCACAGCUAAAGGGCGCACGCUUGGAGAGAAAUGUUCGUACGUGUUUCGUCCAUUCCGCAAGCGUCCAACUCAGACUGAAUACACUCCGAUUGGCCGAGUCGCUAGCCAAAAUGAUGUCAUGCUC